AUGGCGAGUGUUGAAGAAGAAUCUGGUCAGUUGGCCUAUGUUCGAAAUGAAAACCGCUCAACUUUUUACAAGAUCUGGACGCACUGUUGGUUCCAGAUCAUAUUAAUGAGUUUUAUAUGCUUCUGCUGUCCAGGAAUGUACAAUGCACUUACUGGUCUCGGAGGUUCUGGUCAGGUCAACCAAGCUGUCGCUGCCAAUGCGACGGUAGCUCUUCUCGCUGCUACUGCAGCCACUGCGUUGUUCGUAGUUGGACCGAUCUUUGAGCGUAUCGGUCCCAGAGCGUGCCUCUUGCUCGGGGGAUGGACAUAUCCAUUGUACUCGGGCAGUCUUUUGUGUUUCAAUGCCACAAACAACGGUGCCUUUGUGAUUGCUUCUGGUGCCAUUCUUGGUAUUGGUGCAUCAUUCCUAUGGGUUGCGCAAGGUGCUAUCAUGACAACAUAUGUGCCUGAGUCGCAGAAAGGACGUGCAAUCGCUGCCUUUUGGAUUAUCUUCAAUCUCGGCGGUGGGGUUGGUUCUCUUGCCAGCUUUGGUCUGAACUAUAACUCCAAGAGCGGAACUGUAUCCGAUGGAACAUAUAUUGCCUUGUUGAUUAUCAUGGCCAUCGGAUGGCUAUUGGGCGUGCUCAUUUGCCCACCUAAGUAUGUUCGCUCUGCUCAGUUGAAGCCAACACUCGAGAACGAGAAAAACUGGCGACAGAUUCUGCGCCAGUCAGUCAAUACCAUUGUUGACUGGCGCGUGCUGUGUAUGCUGCCACUAUUUUUCUCCGCGAAUGUGUUCUACUCGUAUCAGCAGAACGCUGUAAACGGAAUGAACUUCAACAUCCGGACACGGUCGCUCAACGGCGCCUUGUACUGGAUUGCCCAGAUGCUGGGUGGGCUCAUCAUUGGCCUCGUCCUUGAUAUGCCUGGUCUCAGCCGACCAAUGCGAGCCCGUGUGGCUUGGGUAUUCCUAUUUGUAACGGGAAUGGCCGUCUGGGGAGGCGGAUAUGUCUUCCAGAAAUGGUCAGAUCGCCGUCUGGAACGAGGUCUGAAGCAGGACAUUGAUUACACGGAUUCCGACAUCUCCGUGGGCCCGAUCUUUCUUUAUAUCUUUUAUGGCGCAUAUGAUGCGUUUUGGCAGUCGUUCUGCUACUGGCUAAUGGGCGCCCAAUCCAACUCUCCCGCGGUGACUGCCGUUCUGGUGGGAGCGUACAAGACCUUCCAGAGCACUGGAGGUGCCAUGGCGUGGCGCGUGAAUGCUCUGGGAAAGCCAGCGAUGACCCAGCUCGCUAUGGACUGGGGUCUUUGCAUGGGCUCCUUAUGUAUCGCCAUCCCAACUGUGUUGGCAGUCACUUUGACGAGUGACCAUGACUCAGUUGAUGGCAUGGAUUCCCCGGACGCGGAGAAGCCUCAACCUGACGUGAAGAUUUGA